AUAAAGCAGAAUUCAGUUCCAUCGAGCGAAUUUCCUAAUAAAGAAUAAUCAUUUGAAAAUUAGCACUUGCAGAAGAGACACAUGUUUAGUAGUAAAGUGAAAAUGUGAUUGAAAAAUAGGAGAACGAUUCACGAAAUAAAUUUAGCGACAACAAUUAAUUAACAAACGAUAUGGAUUCCAAAUUUGUAGUAAUAGGCAUAGUGUUAUUAAGUUACAUAUUAUUAAUUGAAGGAAGUGUCAUAACGAAUCACAAUGGACGAACUGAGGUGUGUCCAAAAAUGUGCACCUGUGAUAUUAUCGAAGGACUCAAACGUGCGGAUUGCAGCCAAGAAAACCUUAUCAACACAUACACCGAUGUACCAGCUAGUGUGGAAAUACUGGAUUUAAGCAUCAAUAAAAUAUCGACUGUGGAAGAUGAUAGUUUGAUGGAAUACAGCAACUUGGUCAAACUAUUUCUAUCGGAUAAUUCGAUUAACACCAUUUCAUUAAAUGCCUUUGCCGGUCUGCCAAAGCUAGAAGUCUUAGAUCUUUCCCAUAAUCGACUCGAAAAGGUGCAUGAGGAUCUAUUCGAACACAAUGAAAAGUUAACAGACUUAAACUUAUCGAACAACAAUUUUAUCGCACUGGAAAAUCGACCCCUGUUGAAAAGCUCCUCAAUAAUGUAUCUUCACAUGAGCGACUGCAAAAUUCCUCAACUGUAUGAAAGUUUGUUCCUCUACAUGCCAAGUUUGCGAACGAUAGACCUUUCGGAGAAUCUUAUGAUCACACUGUCCAAAGAACCAUUCAUUCAUCUAAAGAAACUCAGGAGCAUCAAUCUGCACGAAAACCGAUGGCAGUGCGAUAGUUCUACGAUGCGCGGUACAAUCAAUUGGAUGAAGAAACGAAUCGCUUCUAUUCAGAUCGAUAAUUGCUUCAUCAACCCGUACAAGUCAAAAGCAAUGUUCGAGAAAAUGGAAAUGGAUCCCAGUUUACGAGAAGGCAAAAAUAAUCGUCAUGAAGUUCCAAUCGACAAGUUAUGGGGACUUACAACACAAACAACCGAUUAUUGGUCAUCGCUAAAGGAGAAAUCUUGCGCUUAUAAUGAAGAUCAAGAUUCGAACAGCCGCAAGACUUGUGAAGACUUUGUCGAGUGCCAAAACCGCUUCAACGAGUUAUAUUACGCCUACGCGGAAUUAAAGUCACACAAUGGAUUGAACAUAAACACUAAACAUAUCAGUCGACUAGCAACCACUUUGCUACUUUGCGGAAUAUUUAUCGGAGCGUUGUUUGGAUUUUUUGCCACCUAUUCGGUGAUGUGUUUAAUAGAAAAGUGUUGCAAAAAUAGCAACAAUGAUAGCAGUCCAAGGACCAAAACAGUACAGGAACUUAGAAGAGAAUUCCGCAAAAGAAAUUUGUUUGAACAUACUCGUCUGAAUGACCAGCGCGUAGCAGAUAGUCCAAGCGGACAUCCUGUCAGCCAUCUUUCAUCACGAGAGCAGAGCCAAAUUUAUAGAAAUCACGAAAACACCCGUCAAUUUCUGGUUAAUCUUUUUUCCAAAAGGCGACCACGUUUUGUUCGCAACAAUUCCCAGAUUACCAACCUACAGAACCGUUAUAUACCACCCAUUCAGAUACGCAGUUCACCCAAUGCAUCUCCUGCACCAACCAGUUCCAGUUUCGUUUGGGAAUCCAUGCGUGAGAACGAGGAAAACCAAGACCGGGAACAAAUGCUAGAUAGCCACAACGAAAGCCGGCAGUCGUCUGUUAUGGCUGUGUGGAACAAUUACUACGGCAUCGAUGAACUACGAAGACCCGAGUCUUCUAGGGCUAGCUAUGAAGUAGUUCCCAUUUGCAACACAGCGGCAUCCGUUAACCGCAUGGUUUUACGCGAAACGCCACCGCCGCCAUACGUUGAUUGCAACAAACAAUCGAAUUGAUUUUUACAACGUAGUCGAUACUGUUUUGAAUUUUACUUGUAUAUUAUUUAUUGAAUAACGACUGAAAUAGUAGAUAUGUAAUAGCCUAAUGAAUAAUUACAGUUUUUGUACAAUGGAAAUAUAUUCCUUAAUUAUACCAAAGUGUAUUUAAACAGCCGAAUAAA